GUUUUACUUCAGGUGCCCGGAUGAUGAUGUCAUUUGCAUAGGAAGCCAUUUUGUAAUACAUAAACAGCAGUCAGGCCAUUUUGAGCCGAAACAGGCAAAGAAAUUGUCAAAAUGGCACAGAACCCAGCAGCAGGGCCAGGCGGGCCACCGGAGGGAGGACAGAGGGAUGUUGGCAGUAAGAGGCUGCAGCAGACGCAGGCACAGGUUGAUGAGGUUGUGGAUAUCAUGAGAGUUAAUGUUGACAAGGUGUUGGAACGUGAUCAGAAAAUCUCAGAACUAGAUGACAGAGCAGAUGCACUUCAAGCGGGUGCGUCACAGUUUGAGGCGAGCGCCGGCAAGUUGAAACGAAAGUUCUGGUGGAAAAACUGCAAGAUGUGGUUAAUACUGAUUGCUAUAAUUGUUGUGAUUAUCAUUAUCAUUAUCGUGUACGUAGCCACAAAAUUCCAAGGUGAUGACAAGUCCAGCACGCCAGCUGCAGUCAAACCCGCCGCCACAACAACCGCAGCUUCGCCUGCGGGGCGCUGAGCCCCUCCACCAACACCCCAGGGGAAAACCCCCAACCCCAGGGCAACCCAGGGGCAAGAGUCCCAAAACCCCACUUUUCGUCUCUUACAAACCCCCUUUUGGACCUCUUGUGGGUGCGCUAUUUUGGCAUCCCAUCUAUUCCCCCCAAGUUACCCCCUCAUUUUCUGUACUACCCAUAAAUUAUUUAACUUGUUUAUUUUACUGAUAUUGAUAUUUUGUAUUUAAAGUGUAUGAAAUGUUGAUUUAAAUGCAUUUUGAAUAAGAAAAAAAAAUGUUGUUUACAUGUACUUUAAAUACUGUCAAGAUUUUCUGUACUAUGUAUUCUUAAUUGACUUAUACAUUACUGUGAAAAUCAAUUGUACGGAUCUGUAAAAAAAUAAAUAUAACCCUUUCAUUACUGAAAAUAGAACUAUAUAUACUUUAUAUUGACUUUGGUCAAUAAGACCAAAAUACGCAUGUUGUUCACCUCAUCGUCAAACAUCAUUCCAAACAUUGAGAUGAACAGAAGUUGUGUUGUAAUUUUGAGCUGAAUGACUAGAUUGUUAGAAGUUUGCUUGUUCAUUGUACAUGUUUUAAAGGGAUUUAUUCAUCAUGCUUUAUUAGGUAAGAUAUCGAACAAUUUAUAUUGCAUAAAUUGUGAACAAAGUGCUUGUUACAAUGUUAAAACAUCAUCAAAAGUUUUAACAAAAGCUCUAUUUGUUGUUAGCAAUUUUGUCAGAACAUGUUGUACUAAUAUUUUGUUGAAAAGAGUAACGCGAUUAAAAAUUGUAUGAUUACAAAUUUUGGUUUGAAUGGCUGUCGGGUUUUUUUGGUUAGUCAAUAAAAAUAAUUCUUAAGAAGUAAAUUAAAAAGUUUGAUAAAAAAAUAUGACCAACUGUCAAUCAAUCAAUUAGCCAGUCCAUUUAAUGUAUUAACCAUUAUCAGACAUACAAUGGCCAAUUGUUCAGAGCUUCGCUAAAGUGUACAAUGUUGUUCAAGUGAUUAUCAUCCUUCAAAUUUUAACUACUUUGAAAGAUUUUUUUCCCAAUUUGAUUAAUGUAGAUUAUGUUUAUGAAUAAAAAAAGCAAAGAAUUUCUUGAAAUAUAAACACAAUCGUGACAAUACUAACUCUUUCACAGCAUAAUGUAUGCAUAAAAAAGAGCAUGCAUAUUUACCAUUGUAUAUGCCAUUUUGGCCUAAUUUUGUUUCGAAAGUCAACUUGUUUCAAUUUGCAAGACACAUGUGGUAAAAAUAAUUCCAAAAAAAAAAAUCACUGGAUUUGAAACAACUGUUUCAGCUGUACUUGUUUGAAUAAAAUAUAUUUUGUGUUUAAAACUUUUCAACGUUAAUGUUACAAUGUUGUUAACUUUAACACAGUUCUGAACAAUUGACAUGAUGUUUGAUGUUCUAUAGAAUUUUAGUCUGGUCAGUUUUUCAUGAUUUUUUUUUAUUUUUGCUUAGUUUGUGAGGUUCAGAAUUAGCUUAUCAAUAAUAUUAAAAUAUUACCAAUCAUUGGUAAAUCAAUAUAAAUCAACACAAAAUUUUAACAUUCUGAAGUAGGCUAGCAGUCAUGGCUUUAAACAAAUUGAUGUCUUUUAUGUUGUAAGCAGACUUAGAUCAUAAUUUCGUGUUUUUAAGUUGUGUACUAUACUGGAUUUCUUUUGAUGAAUUACACUUAGAUGUUUACUGAAUUACACUUAGAUGUCUACUGAAUUACUCUUAGAUGUCUACUGAAUUACACUUAGAUAUCAACUGAAUUACACUUAGAUGUCUACUGAAUUACACUUAGAUAUCAACUGAAUUACACUUAGAUGUCUACUGAAUUACUCUUAGAUGUCUACUGAAUUACACUUAGAUAUCAACUGAAUUACACUUUAGAUGUCUACUGAAUUACACAGUUUCACUUGCAGUCGACUGAAUUUCACUAAGAUGUCUACUGAAUUACAUUUAUAUGUCUACUGAAUUACACAGUUUCUCUUGCAGUUGACUGAAUUUCACUUCGAUGUCUACUGAAUUUGUGUUCAGAUAUUUAAAGUCCCUUUAACUGAAAUGACAUGAUUUUUACAGCCAUAAUAAGUUUUAAUGACAUGCCAGCUCUAAAUACAAAACUUGUUUGGCUGUUUGUUUACAGGUGAAUGGUAAACCAAAAAGAGAGAGAUUUUUAAGAAUGGUACUUAUUCAUUUCAUAGUAAUAACUUUUAAGAUGUGUGGUUAGAUCAUAGGUUCAUGUGGGGAUGUACUAUUAUUGUGUGAUUAGUUACUGUUGUCAAUGAAAACAUUCCACUAACCAUAGAAACGUAGAAUAACCUGUUUAUAUAAUAAGUGAGUUUGGAUUUUCAAACAUAAAACUUAAUGUUAAGUUUUAAGAAUCUCUGUCAGGCAAGGUUUUGUAUUUUUUGUUUCUCUGACCUACAAUCCAUAUUUAAAAAGAUAUUUUAGAAAAAAUUGCAAUUGCAUCUCUUUUGCGGAUGACAAUAAUGAAAACGAUAUUUUUCAUUAAAUUGUCAGCAUUGGCUAGGCGCAUUUUGGUAUGUUUUUAAUAAUAUUUUAACAUUAUCAAACAAGACAUUAAUUGGACGCAAUCAAAAUACGAAACAAUGAUUGUUUUCCAUUGAUUGUAAGGUAUCUUCUCUGUUUUCAUCCAAUUGAAAGUAAAAUCGAACAAAUAGAAAAUCGUUGAUUUUGAAAAAUAUAUUUCUUUCUCCUGAGGACAACUUUCUUCUUUUUUUAACGUCAGAGAAAUAAAACAUAAAAACUUGUCUCAAAUAUCAGUUUUAACUUGUGCUUCAUUAGAUCUUCAUUUGUGAAUAUUCAUUUUACUCAGUUAUUCAGUUAUUAAAAUUAUUUCACGUUUAUUAACUUACUUUUACCUGGCAAGUUUUGUUGCAAAUUUGACCUGGCUUUUUGGUUGCAAAAAUUGAAUUGAAUGUCAUUUAAUCAUUUAAUGGAUCAGAAAUCAUAGAAAAAGAGUAAUCUUUUGAUUUUUUUUUUGAUUUUUUUUGUACAGUUGAUAAUAUGAGGGAAAUGAGGAAGGAUAAAUCAAGAAUUAAAAAUAAUACAAUUACUAAUACCUAAUAAAUAAUCAUUAUAAAGUUGUUAUGAAAUGUAUACAACUUGAGCAAAACUGCUUUAAGCUUGGAAAGGAAUUACAAUAUUCUUUUAAACUUUUGUCUUCAAUAUUAAAUAUCAAAUGAAACUCAUUCUGUUCUCUUCCCGGGAGUGUUGUAAGUAAUUAUUCCUUCUUCAUUUUUGUAUUUACAUUAUUGGUACAGCAAGGAAUUUGUUAAAUGUGUUUGAUUUCUUAAUAUAUUUUUUUCAAAAUUUGGUCUAAAUCCUUAAAGAAUUGGAAACAACAACAGUUUUGUCAUAUCAAUUGUCAGAUUUUGAACAUUAUGACAUAAAAUAAUAUUAAAUUGUUUAAAAAAAAAAAUAUUAAAUUGUUUAAAAUAAAAAAAGUUUCAUUAUUUAGACUAUCUUUGAUGGAUGUAUUAUUGUAGCCACAUGCAUAAAAUUUGGUACCCUGAAUAACUUAAAAUAUUUUUGGCACUACCAGGUACAUGUUAUAAUGUCUUUGGAAUGAAGGCUUAUUUUCUGGAAUAAACUCACAUUGAUAAUGGCAAGUGCUAUUUUUGUUAGGAUAUAAACUCAUUGUGUUCUUUUUUUCCAUGUUUCAUUGUUUGACUUCGUAAUUAAUCAAUAUAAUAUUAUUUAUUGUAUAUAUUCUUUGUUAAAGUGUAUAUGAAGUUGUUGUACAUAUUUGUUAACAAUUAUUUUCAGUUUGCUUAGCUUUUAAGUUCAUAAAAUAUCAGGGGUUCUAAAGUUCAGGAUAAAUAUUGAAAUCAGGAAUCAGGUCUAUAGCUUCACUCUGGCAGAUUUACCGUUUUGACAACUUUUUUUAUUUUUUGUCUUGGAAUUAGCCAAUUUUUGCGUAAAUAUCUGCAAACCACUGAUAUAAGAUUGCUGACAAAAGAUUAGAUCGCAGAUUUUCAUAUUUCUGUUUGAAAAUUCAUGGUUUAUGGUUUAAACCGUUACUAAAGGUAUAAGAAAAAUGCAUAUCAUUUUUAAUCUAAAUGUGAAAAACCGCGAUUUGAUUUUUUGUCAGCAGUCUUAUAUGACUGUUUCCAUGCAUGUUCGCAUAAAUAGGCAUGUUCCAAGACAAAAAAUAAAAAAAAGUUGUCAAAACGUUCAAUCUGCAAAAGUGCAGCUUUAAACUUGGGAGAAAAACUUUUAAAGAGGUCUAAGCCCUUUUACCCUGCUUUGGGCAUGAAUCCCUCAAACAGACGCCAGCUAUUUUUCAGGAUUGACAACUAUCAGCUGUUAGAACCCCUGAAUUACAUUGUUCUUUUGCAUGUAGCAUGUUGUAGAAUUUGUUAUUCACGGUGAAUUCAAGUGAUCUUUUUUCUUGUAAAAUAAAAACUAAAAAAAAAUAUCACUGACUGAUUUUUUGCUAAUAAAUGUUCUGAUAUACCGGUAGUCAAAUUGAUGGAGCCAUAUAUGUAGCAAAACUUUUGAAAAGUAUCACUGAAAUAAGCAGACUGAUUUGCUAAUGAAUGUUUUGAUAUAGUCAAAUUGUAGGAGCCAUAUUUGUAGCUAAACAUUUGAACCUGUUUAUAAAUAGUAACUAAAACUUUGAACAAUUGCUUUACUUUACCAAAAUUUGUUUUGGUACUUGGUAAAUAGAUGUUAUGUUAUGUUUAAAAACUAAUUGUGUUAUACUAUUUGUAUGAAGACUAAAGUGUGAUAGUGUAAUGGCUGGUAAUAAAAUUGUGUGAAUACAG